AUGACUUCGACUACGACAUCUGAUCGGGAGAUAAUCCCAACCAGUCCAACAGAUAUCUUCAAGAACCUUACCGUCUUCAUUGACCCUUCAGUGCCCACGAUCUUAGCAAUACAGCUCAAAGCGUUUCUCACACACAACCAGGCCAGCAUCGCCUCAGAAUCAACCCCGGAUAUCGAGAAGGUCUUAGCUUCAAUCCAAGCUUAUCCGCCUACAGAUCCCACCGAUCCAGCUGCUCCUUCAAAGCGUCUCAUACCUAACCUCAAGCCUCGCUUCGAUCUCACUCAGACCACUCAUAUUAUCACCAACUCCUUACACUUGCCUGAAUACAUCGCUCUGGGUAGAUGGGAUGACGAAGCUGGCAACAUUCUUUCCUUUUCAUAUCAAGCUCAAUCUUCUCCGGGCAACGUGAACGAGCACGAACAAGACAGCGAGAAGGAAGCUCACGACUCCAGAGUCCAUCGCUCCAUUCAUCUUGUCACAUCGAUAUGGGUCACCCAAUCUUAUGAUCUCGACAAACUACUACCAACCGGUGCAUAUUCGCCCGAUCCUUACAAGUUCCUCUCUGGGAUCGUGAUUGCUUUGGACUCGGGUGCAAGACUACCUCUGGCCGAUGUCGAAUUGAUUCAAGCUUGUGUCCAAGCUUGGGGCGGUCAGUUCAGGAAAGGUUUAACAAAAGAAGUAACCCAUCUGAUUUGCUGCGAUGAAAAUACGAGGGACUACAAGAUCGCCAACAAAUUAAAGGUUGAAUUGGGCCUCAAGAUCGUCCUACCACACUGGUUUCACCACUCAGUCUCCUUCCGCCGUGUUAUUUCAGAGCAGCCUUUUGAGUUCCCUUCUCCCGCUAUCCUCGCACCCCGCUCUCCGUCGCUGUCGGCAGAUUGUCAGCACGGAAUUAACGGCCUGCCGGGUACCAAACUUCCGCCCACAACUAGAAGGCCAAUCGAGGAAGACCCCGAGCUAGAAUCUCUUUCGCACAAGAAAGCCACUGAUAUGGCUUUCGCUGCCCAGAAGAUAUCGCCGAGACCUGUGAGUCAGGGUUUGUCUGAUUACUUGCAAGUCACCAACCCAGAUUCUUUGGAGGACAUUCCGCCGAUUAAGCACUCGUCCAAAAUACCGCAGCAUUCGCUCGAAGACACUCCGGCGUAUCGUGAAUUCCAGAACAAGUCUGUAUAUUUGGUCUCUUCCCUAGGUCUUAGUUUCUCAGCGCGGAAGACUUUGGCUAGAAGGAUUGAAGAGCUUGGAGCAAAGGUGUUUGAUAGUGGUAGUUUGAAACUCACUGAGCUUGAUAAGUCUCGGUCGGACCCAAAGAUCUUGAACGACGCUAUUAAUGCCGAACAGAAGUUGAAGAGCUCCGAUAUCGUGAUUUGUGAAUGCCGAUCUGGAUGGGAGUUUUGGCUAGCCUGGGAAGCUGGCAAGAAGAUCGGAACCCUACACUGGAUCUUAUGCAUCUUGAACAAUCUCGACUCCCCUACUUUCGCAAUCAGACCUCCAACAGAAAGGUUGCUAGACUUCCCCUGCCCCCCAGGGCCCAUCAGUGGAUGUGACCCCGCAAGCAAGCCAAUCACGGUCACCAAUUACGCUGGAAUGGCUCGUUCCCAUCUAAUAAAGCUAAUCGAGAAAAUGCAUCUGACCUUUAGUGGCACCCUCGCCAGCAACACGUUCAUGGUCGUGGCUGCCAACAAGGCAGGCUCGAAAGUGGAUUAUGCUAACAAGACUGGAAUUCAGAUUGUGAACCACCACUACAUCGAAGAUUGCUUCCAAAAUUGGGCAAAGCAAAGUAUCCAGCCACAUCAUCUCACCUUUCCUGAUGGUGUGAACAUAUGUGAAUUGGUCGGGCAAACAACCCGAACGCCUGAUGGAAUCUACAAGUGGACCAAACGUACCGAAGUUAAGGAGCAGAAGAAACGGGAUAUGUCACUCCUGCCCUCAAGAAUUAACAAAACACCUCUGGCAGAUAUCUCUUCAAUGACACCACCCCAAAAAGAUGUGAACCCUCAGCCUUCAGCGUCAAAAGUAAUAUCAGAAAGCGAUAAUCUUCUGGACAAUUCAGAAUCUGGCGCAGAAGUUCCUGCAGUUAAACGCGUCAAGCGAAAACCGCGAUUGAUAUCAGACUCUACUGAACUUUCGAGUCUUACUGCUUCAGACAUCUUAAAGGUAGCAGGAAUUGAGACACUGGAGACUCCUAGAAAACCCUCAAGCCAAGAAUCGCUGACACCGAGAGAAGUAGAGGGCCAUGCACCUGCCUUGAUCACACCAGAGCCCAGUCGAUCAUCGCCCCGAAAGCGCUCCUCCGACCUGGCUGAAUUAGACCCCAAUCCAUCGAAGAAAACCAAGAAGGAAACGAGUACCGACACCGAGGCCAAAAAGCUUGAUACCACUGCUCAGCAAUCCGUAACCUCCUCGACUGAUCAACUUGCAAGCGUGGGGAAUGAUCAACUUGCAAGCGUGGGUGGGCAAGAAAGCAGUAAAACUUCGACACCACUCCAGUCCAAAUUUACCAAAUCAGUCAAGCAGUCAGUUUCGACGAAGAAGGCUACAGUGGGGGCCAGUGCCAAGGCCCCACUCUCACUCACACGUUCAUCAACUCGGAAAGCAGCCCAACUGGCUGUACAGAACGUCAAAAGCGCGGCUGAAGAUAUGAAUCUGCACGAAAAGGAGAAAAAAAAGAAGCGGAUCUCAGGUGGGCCGUCUGUUGGGAUGGACGAUGGUGGAUUCUUCGGACAGCCGCCCAAGAAAGCUAAGCAGUCAGCCAGUAGAAAGCGAUCUCACGAUAGCCAUCGAAGAUUAUCUGGAAGCGAGAGCGAUGGUGAUCAGAGCGAGAUUGUGAUCAAAAAAGAUGAUAAAAAACAGUCGAAUUUGAAGCGAGGCCGUCGAUCUGACGAGAGUGAAAAGACUGUGAAAGAGGACAAACGAGAGGAUGAGCGGGGUGAGGAGAGUUCCAGUGACAACGGAGAGCUGCCGAGUUCGAUCCGGCCCCAAGCUUUAUCCAAAAGGAAAGGAAAACGAGCGAGUGGAGGCAGCAAGACGGCACGUGAUGAGGAAGCAAAAAAUAGUGAUCUGGAGUCCCUGACGGAUCUGGAAUCCCUGAAGAUCAAGAGCGCCAAAAAACCUAAGAAGAAGAUCAAGGCCGAGGACCCGGAGCUGGAUAAUCUGUCCAAGUCGAAGCCAGUCGACCAUCUCCCGCGGAAAACUAAAUCGACAUCGGGGUCGAAAGCCCAUCCCGUUCUCGCUGGCCCAUCGAGCUCCAAAAAGAUCUGUAUCACUGAGAGUGGUGCCAGGAUCGAGUCUAAGAUUUCCAACAAACUGGUCAAGAUGGGCGCCAAGUUCAUCGACUCUACUCCCUCACUCGACGACGGCUGCACGCAUCUGUUGACGAACAAAAUCGCUCGGACUGAGAAGUUCCUUAGCUGUAUCGUCCUGGGUUGCUCUAUCGUCAACCACAAAUGGGCCGAGGAAUGCGUCAAAAGGAACCAGUUCGUGGAUGAGGAAGAAUAUGAACUGAAAGACUUAGAAGGAGAAAAAUUACACCAGUUCGAAUUGAAGAGGUCCUUAAAGAUCGCGAGAGCUCGCAAGAUCUUGACCGGCUUUCAGAUCUUUUUGACGCCCUUCGUCGCUAACCAACACUCUAAAUUGUUGAAAAAGUUAAUAAUACUUGCCGGUGGACAAGUUUUAACGAAGAUCCCGGCACUCGAAGACCUCCAAAAGACGGCGACCGCGAUCAAGGACAAAGAAAGCCUAGAAAAUGAUGGCGAUGAUGACGAUGGGGAGGACGUAGGAGAAAAGAAAUCGCUGAUAAUCUCGUCCAAAGAAGAUUCGAAAUAUGUAAAAACCCAUCUGCUUAAGAAGUUCCCGACCAAAUUCUGGAUGAGUGAGGGUGCUCAUCAAGAUCCGCCUGACGAUGAUGAUGACCUUCGCGAGCAAUCUCCUUUGAUCAAGAUCUUUGACUCGAAUCUCAUCUUACAAGGACUGUUGGUCCAAAAAAUCACAUUCGAGGAAAAAUUCGUGCUUGAUUGUUCUGGAUUUUUGUAG